GAGAGAUUUAUUCUCUGUCGCGACUUCUCAAACAAUCGGUGCCUAAUUUGGUAUCUGACGCCUUACCAUAGGAGCCUCCAUGGUAUGCCAGCUCUUCUCUGACGCCCUACCAUAUAUGCGCCUCUCUUCCCCUCCCAAAUCUAGAAUCAUAAGUCGUCGCAACCGGCUCCGUCUCCUUCAGUCGGCUGCAGCUCACCAGGGAACGCCGCGCCGCUAUUCUUCUUCACGAAAAAUUUCUCCCUCAAGCUGCUGCUUCUUCUUCUUCUUCUUCUUCAUUUCUCGUCGGCGCUUUUGAUCGUUAAACACACUACGUCAUGUCCGCCGCCGCUAGAACAGUCUUCCGUUCCGCCUCUACAUCCGCUCGCAGUGCCACGGCGAGACUAUCCACCUCCAUUUACAGGUCUCCUGUAGAGACGAGCAGUUUUAGCGAUGCUUCGAUUUCGCCGCACCGCGGUCAAUUCGGGAAUGUAGAUGGAAGAAACUUCUCAACGAAGACGAGGAGAUUUCGAUUUCAGCACAGAAUCGAUCUGAAACGAAGCACUUCAGCCACUGGAAUCGUGGAAAGGAUAGAGUACGAUCCUAAUCGAACUUCUCGGAUUGCUCUCAAACAUGUUUGGUUCCGAUCCAGGAUCACAGGCUUGCAAGAAGCUCAACAGAAUUGAGCUCUCAGACUAUGAGAUAUACGCUUCGUGUGAGCCAUGUCCUAUGUGUUUCGGCGCAAUCCAUCUCUCUAGAAUCAAGGUUCCGCGUUAAACUUUCGCUCUUUGCUUUUCAAUGUUUCCCCCGCCUAAAACCCCACGAUCUCAUUCCUGUAUUGCAGAGAUUGGUGUACGGAGCCAAAGCCGAAGCUGCUAUUGCCAUCGAGUUCGAUGACUUCAUAGCAGAAGGCUCAUCUUGAAAUCAAAAGAGCUGAUGGGAAUGGGGCCAUGAUUGCAGAGCAGGUUUUCGAGAAAACAAAGGA